GGGGCUCCCAGGCGUCACACCCACUUUCCUUAUUAGGGUAGAGUCAGGCGCCCCGAGCCGGCAGCCGGGCGCGGGGUGGGGCGGGAGCCCUGCGAGGCGACAGACGAGGGCGCAGCCACAACCUCAGCCGCCUCCGAGCGGUAGGAGGGAGCAGCCGGUCGCUGCGUCCGGGCCGGCCUCUUUCCGGGGACCCGGCACAUCUCGCCCCGGAGGAGAUAGUCCUCCGCGCUCUCCGGGUACCUCUGGUCCAAACCACUCGGAACGACAUGGAAGAAUUUUUGCAACGCGCCAAGUCUAAACUGAAUCGAAGCAAACGCUUGGAGAAGGUCCAUGUGGUUAUCGGACAUAAAUCGUGUGACCUGGAUUCUCUCAUUUCUGCCUUCACAUAUGCUUACUUUCUAGACAAGGUCAGCCCACCUGAGGUUCUCUGUUUGCCGGUGCUGAACAUAUCAAGAACUGAAUUCAGCUACUUCACCGAGACAAGGUUUAUUUUAGAAGAGCUAAAUAUCUCUGAAUCAUUCCACAUAUUCCGAGAUGAAAUUAAUCUGCAUCAGCUAAAUGAUGAAGGGAAGUUAUCUCUAACACUUGUUGGCAGCAACAUGCUGGCAAGUGAGGACAAAACUUUAGAAUCAGCAGUCGUCAAGGUCAUUAAUCCAGUUGAGCAGGGCGAUGCCGGGUUUGAGUACCGAGAGUCUUCCUCCUCUCUGGUGGUGAAAGAGAUUCUCCAGGAGGCUCCCGAGCUCAUCACCGAGCAGCUGGCUCAUCUGCUCAGAGGUAGCAUCCUUUUCAAGUGGAUGGCCAUGGAACCCAAGAAGAUCUCAGAGAAGCAGGAGGAAAUUCUUUCUAUCCUGGAAGAAAAAUUUCCUCGCUUACCUCCAAGAGACGACAUUAUCAACGUCCUGCAGGAGACCCAAUUCAGUGCUCAGGGUUUAAGUAUUGAACAGACAAUGCUGAAGAAUCUGAAGGAACUUUCAGAUGGAGAAAUAAAAGUGGCCAUUAGUAGCGUGAACAUGACCCUGGAGGACUGUACGUUUCACAGCAGUAUCACCAGUGAUUUGAAAGCAUUCUCAGACAAGUUCGGUUUUGACGUCCUCAUCCUCUUGGCCAACUACCUGUCGGAGGAGCAGCAACCCAGACGACAGAUUGCUGUGUACUCUGAGAACCUAGAGCUGUGCAGUCAGAUUUGCUGUGAACUGGAAGAGUGCCAGAACCCUCGCCUGGAGCUGGAGCCCUUUGAAUGUGGCUGCGAUGAGAUUCUGGUGUAUCAGCAGGAGAACCCUUCAGUGACUUGUGAUCACGUGGUUCUCCUGGUCAAGGAAGUCAUCAAUAGGAGGUGUCCAGAGAUGGCCUCUAACAGCCGGACAUCCUCCACAGAAGCAGUGGCAGGCAGCGCCCCGCUCUCCCAGGGGUCUUCCGGGAUUAUGGAGUUGUAUGGUUCUGACAUAGAGCCACAGCCCAGCUCCGUGAAUUUCAUGGAAAACCCUCCCGAUCUCAGCGAUUCUAACCAGGCCCAGGUGGAUGUCAACGUGGACCUUGUUAGCCCCGAUAGCGGGUUGGCCACCAUUAGGAGCAGCCGCUCAUCCAAGGAGAGUUCAGUUUUCCUCAGUGAUGACAGUCCAGUGGGAGAAGGUGCUGGGCCUCACCACAGCCUCCUCCCAGGAUUUGACUCUUACAGUCCCAUCCCUGAAGGGGCAGUAGCGGAGGAGCAUGCCCCAUCUGGAGAACACAGUGAAUCCUUUGACCUUUUCAACUUUGACCCAGCACCCAUGGUUUCUGGGCAGUCCCAACCAUCUUCCCAUUCUGCAGACUACUCCCCAACAGAUGACUUCUUCCCCAACAGCGAUUCAUCAGAAGGACAGCUCGCCACGGGGCCUAAAAGUCUUGAUGGGAUAGGGAUGGACGUGUCGAAUUAUUCAUCCAGUUCUCUUUUGUCAGGGACUGGCAAAGAUAGCCUUGUGGAAUUUGACGAGGAGUUUGUCCAGAGACAAGAAAGUCCCCAUGAUAAUUCUGAAAGAAAUUUGAGCCUGACAGGGUUUGUGGAAGAUGAAUCUCCUUCACCAGAAGGUCUGAAAAAUGUUGGAAGGAGGGUCCCACCAACACCUAUGAAUAGCUUUGUGGAAAUCUCACCAUCCACUGAAGAACCAGCUGUACUCUCUUCAGAAGAUAUGACCCCCAAAACAGUCAACGCGGGUCACACUGGGCCACCUCCAACCCAGGCACGGUGCAGCAGCUGGUGGGGUGGUUUGGAAAUUGAGUCUAGAAACACUGCAGAUGCAUGGAGUUCCAGUGAACAGGAAUCUGUCUUCCAGAGCCCCGAGUCAUGGAAAGAUCAUAAGCCAAGCCCAGUUGAUAGGAGAGCCUCAGAUUCUAUAUUUCAACCCAAGACUCUCGACUUCCCCAAGUCAAGUCCCUGGGAGUCAGAAUUUGGUCAGCCUGGGCUGGGCAGCAAUAAUAUUCAAGACCAAAAUGAGAAAAACUUGCAGUUUCAGGGUAUGUCCCCUGAAAACUCGCAUUUGCCGAAUGCUUUUCCUCAGGGAACAAACCACCUGAUAGAAGACUUUGCUGCUUUGUGGUGUUCUGAUCGCUCACCCACAGCCAUGCCUGAGCCAUGGGGAAAUCCCGCGGAUGACGGGGAACCAGCUGCUGCAGCGUCAUUCCCAGCCUGGAGAGCCUUUGCUAAAGAAGAAGACGCCGAAGCUUUGAAAAAUACCUGGAAUCUGCACCCGAUGAGUGGUGAGACACCUUCUGUGAGGGACCCAAAUGAGUGGGCCAUGGCAAAAAGCGGUUUUUCUUUCCCUUCAGAAGACCUCAUAGACAGUUUGCCCAGUGAUGCAAAUAGUGAAGCAGUUCCAGAAAUCUGGGGCAAGAAGAACCAUGACUCCGCGGAUGAUAUUCUUGUAUCUGGAAAUCCCAGAUCUGAUCUGGAUCAUGCAUGGAAUAGUUCUAAGCCAGUAAAGGAUGAUCAGAAUGGUUUCGUGGAUCCAAAAAUUAGGGGGAAGGUGUACAAAAGUGUAGAUUCCUGGAACCUUUUUGAGGAGGGCAACAAGAAAGGAGGGUCAGAUGUCCUAGCGCCUUGGGAAGAUUCCUUCUUAACCUAUAAAUGUUCCGAUUACAGUGCAUCCAACAUAGGGGAAGAUUCGGUGCCAUCCCCCUUAGAUACCAACUACUCUACCUCUGACUCUUGUACUUCACCAACAUUUGCUGGAGACGAAAAAGAAACCAAAGACAAGCCAUUUGCUAAAGAGGCAGGUUUCGAGUCACAAGAUGCUAACUGUACCUCAGGGGAUGCCGACGUGCCUCCUCAGUCCCCAGAGCAGCCACCUAGAAACAGAAUUAGUUCAGGUCCUGGGAACCUGAAAAUGUGGGCUUCACCUCACGCAGAUGGUAGCUCUGAAAUAAAUGCCACUCACAGCCCAGAUAAAGAUUUACUCAAGGCAGAGCCCACAGAUGAUCAAAACACCUCCGUGGAGGAUGACAUUGGGGAAAGCAGCCAGUCCAGCUACGAUGACCCCAGCAUGAUGCAGCUGUACAAUGAAACAAACCGACAGCUCACACUUCUACACAGCCGCGCUAACUCCUGCCAGGCGGCCCCCGACAGUCUCGACUUGUGGAACAGAGUGAUUCUGGAGGACACUCAGUCUACUGCGACCAUCUCGGAUAUGGACAACGACUUGGACUGGGACGACUGCAGUGCAGCUGUGGCCAUCACCGGUGAAGGUCAGGCACAAGGGUACAUGGCUGAAGGUUCUGAACCCGAAACCCGCUUUUCAGUGAGACAGGUAGAACCCUGGAGCGUGGAGUAUCAGGAAACAAAUCAGGGAGAUUGGGAACUCCCUGCCUCUUCUGAGCACAGCUUGGACACUGCUCCCAACGAAUAUCACAUGCUGAAUGAAAAAAGCGGGCAGCUGAUCGCGAACAGUAUCUGGGAUUCCGUUAUGAGAGAUAACGCCGUGUCAUCAUUAAUGUCACCCGGCCCAUCGUAUGUUACAGAUCCAGAACAAAGCAAAUCACCUCCUGAAACUUCCAGCUCAUUAGAAAAAAUUCAAGACAGUCACAUCUCAGACAUGCUGGAAGCCUCUGGAGCCAGUGAGUCAGAAACGCUUGAUCCUGACAAGCAGGACACCUGCAGGAGAACCCCACCAAGUGAUACGGCGUAUUUGGUGACCAGACUUGAGAAUUCAGGGAAUUUUGCAUGCUCAGAUCCCUGGAGGGGUCCCAGUUAUGGACAAAAGGAAAGUGAGAAGGAAUCCCAUGGAGCCGCUGAUAGGGAGUGCCCCAGUGAGGAGGAGCUGAUGGAUGGAACCUCAGGGGCUUCUAGAAAAGGGCAAGGUGGCCAGGAAUGCCCUUCCCCAGCUGCAUCUGAUCAUUCAGAAAUCUCCAAUGAAUCUGGCAAAAUCAGCUCUCUUUCAGUCACUUCCAGUCCUCAAACUGAGGGACCCCAGGAGGUUUUAGAGCGUGAGAAGGGGUCUUACACUCCAGACCCCUGUGAUGUGCAAACAGAGGUGUCCACAGAUCACCUGCAGGCAAAAGAGACCUGUGAAGAGCACCUCAUGAGUCACAGAAAUUCAGGUGAAACUACUGAAAUUUCAGGUAGGCUGAAUUCCACAAUAAGUGUAUCUCUACCUGAAAUGGAUGUGGAGGAAGCUGAAGAAUGUAACAUUCUGGAGCCGGAGAGAAUGAACCAAGACCUACCUUAUGGAUGUCGCCAAGGACUUGACGUUUGGGAUGGCCCUGAAGACAGUGAUGUGCAGGUCAACUGCACAAGUUCUGAGAUAACUAAGAAUCUCGAAGUUAAGAAUACUGAAAACAGCCCUCCAGGAGCCAGUUUAUCUGGAAAUGAUGACAGAGACAGUACUUCUAGUGAGUAUACACAUUCAAGUGCAUCCAGUCCUGACCUAAAUGACUCUUCGGCUGCAUUGCCUUCCUGGGACCAAGGACCCAAUACUGGGCAUCGGAAGGAAAACCAAGAUGGUUGGAAUACGCAGAAUUACCAAGAAUCUGAACUAAUUACUACUGAUGGUCAAGUAGAAGUAAUUACCGAAAUGAAGGGUUUGGAGAGAAACAGAAUGGACAAGUUUGAAAAGAGCUUAGAUCACAAUGCUCCUAACUAUUUAGAGAUUUGGAAUGACUCAAUAGAUGGUGAUUCCUUUUCCUCUUUGUCUAGCCCUGAAACAGGCAAAUAUUCUGAAUAUUUAGAUGUAUAUCAGGAAAGAAAUCUAGUGGUUAGCCAUCAGGAAAAAAGUGAAUGUGAUAUUCCUGCAACUGUGCAGCAAGAGGACGCCCAGUUCAUUUCAACAAACUCAGGUUCUGAUGAUGAUAGUGUAGGCGAUGAAGAGUCAGUGGAGAAAGAGAUCCAUUCAGCCACUUGCCAGGCUGCUCAGAGUGAACUCAGAGCUUGGGAUUCAUUGAAUGAAUCUAAUAAGUCCUUGGCCACAGCUGAUCCCAAGUCUGAGGAAUGUUCUGCCUAUAUAGGCAGUCCAGAACCAGCAGAGACUGAGAAUAAGUCAAACCCAUUCUGUGACAAUCAACAAAGCAGCCCUGAUCAUUGGAAUUUCUUGCCACUAAAGGAGACUGAAAUACAGGUUACAGCAGUGGAGAAGGAGACGAGGUCUUCUCCAGAAACAGGGAGGACGGGAGAUGUCAUAUGGCAAAUAGCUCCCAAAGCUGAACUAAAGAAUGAAAAUGAUUCUAAUCUGGAAAUGGCUGGCUUCUCAGCUGAGAGCACGGAGUGGUGGAACGCCUCCCUACAGGAAGGGCGACCAACUGAGAGGGCAUCUGAAGGGGAAUUAUCUAACGCAAGUGCUGUGCUAGAGAUGAAUUCCUCAACACGUCAAAACGUGGGUCCCUGGGGAGUACCCAUUCAGGGUGAUACCGAAUCCCUGGAAACGCACUGUACCAGUCCUUUCAGUGAGCAACCUGAGUCACACUUUCUGGAUAAUAAUGGGGAGAAUGCCCACGAGCAACUCUGGAACAUUCAACCAAGGCAGCCAGACCCAGAAGCUGGUCAGCUUAGCCAGCUUGCAAUACUGGACCAAAUUAAAGACAAGGAUUCCAGAGAACAGACCGUGUCUUCUGCCAGUGACAAACUCACCUCUGAAAUACCUACCCCAGAGCAGUGUCAGAAUCCAGUGCUGUCUGUCUGGAAUGAGCCGGAUCCAACAUUUACUCACACAGAUGAAGAUGGAUGCAUUAUAUCUAAUGUGUCAACUCCUGAGCGUCAAGAAACAAAUUGGUGGGAAAAAGAAAAAUCACAUCCCAGUGAAAUGACAGAUUCAAGCAUUGCCUCUGAAGAUUUCCCUGCUGUCGGUUCUUCCACCCAGCUGAUAAAGGAGUCAGGCUCUGAAUGGGACGACUCUACCCCUAGUGAGGGCCCCCAAGGUGCCUUUGUUCCAGAUAUUUUACACGGCAACUUCCAAGAGGGCGGGCAGCUGGCCUCCGCUUCACCCGACUUGUGGAUGGGUGUGAAACAACCCUUCGGUGUGAAGACAGAUGGUGAGAAUCCUGAUAUACUGACUCACUGUGACCACGACAGCAACUCCCAGGCUUCCAACAGCCCUGAUGUAUGUCGUGAUAAUGAAGCAAAGCCAGAGACUAAGCAGCACAUCAGUGCUGGGAUGGGACCUGAAGGGGAAUCCAGUGAGUUACAUCCCACCGAUCCAGAGAGAGAUGAAGAACCCAGUCAGGAGCCGGCGCAGGAAUUUGUCCCAUAUACUUCAGAACUAUCUUCUGAAAACACAAUUCCGCUGCCUCGAAUCAGCGAGCAGGCAAACGCGAAUGACUCCUCUCAACCUGCCUCUCACAAACGUUCUCCCGAACCUUCUGCAAUAAACAAAUGUGAAAACAUUACAGGUUUAAAAGCGUCAGAAAAGGGAGUCAACCCAGAUACAGCACCAAUUUUGGAACCCACUGACAGAACAAUCCCAGUGAUUGAAAACGUGGGAACUGAUAUUUGUGUAACUCACCCAGAGCCAGCUGUGGAUAGCAACAGCUCUUGGAUAUCAGAAGACUUUUCUCCUGAGAGCCAGACCGAUGCAGGGGGCCCGUCGGACCGUGAGCAAGCUUUUGCUACUGAGAAUCCUGCCACAGUUCCUGAUACUUUGCUAGCCUCGGACACUUGCCUGGAUGUCAGCGAAGCUGCCUUUGACCACAGUUUCAGCGAUGCCUCGGGUCUCAACUCAUCCACGGGAACAAUAGAUGACGUGAGUAAACUGACAUUAUCAGAAGGAAAUCCUGAAAUGCCAUUUGAUGGGGAGGCAGGGAAGCAAGAUAUCUGUUCCUCUGAAGCCUCGUGGGGUGAUUCUGAGUAUGAAGUCAUGGGCCAAAAUAUUGAUGAAGAUUUAAUGAAAGAGCCUGAACACUUUGUCUAUGGCGGUGACCCUCCCUUGGAAGAUGCCCUGAAGCAAGAGCUGGCACCUUACACACCUCCAUUUGAUUUGUCCUAUCUCACGGAACCGACUCCUGGUGUCGAAACCACAGAGGAAGCUGGGACUCCAGAGAAUGAGCCUCUGGGGAGCGAAGCCGCAGAGAUAUUGCUUUCUGCCCUUCCUGAUGAAAGAAACAAGGAAAACCACGCUGAGGCCACAAACAGACAACCUGAAUGCCAGCUGGUUGAGCUGCAUGUUCAUGAAGACCCCGAGUCAGUUUCUUUGACUGUCAGAGUCGACGCCAACAUUGAGUUGUCUCCAUCAAACGUUGACUGGGAAGAAGAAACAGAUCAUUCAGAUUCACCAGCAGGUGGCGACAUAGGACCACCAAAUGGUGCCAGCAAGGGAAUAUUAGAGUUGGAAGAAGAAAAAAUAAUUCCUACCAAAGAGCCUGAGCAGAUAAAAUCAGAAUACGGGGAAGAAAGGUACACUGAGAAGUAUGAAGAUCAUCAUGCACUACACAUGGAUUACAUACUUGUAAAGCACGAAGAAAAUUCACCCCCAGAGCCAGAGGCCUGUGAGACAAGAGAAAUCACGUCAGAAUUAGAAGAGUUUCACAUAGAUUCCGAAGAAACGGGGCUGCCAGCGGGAGCUCAGUUAGCAUGCUUCCCAGACACACAUCAACCUGCUUCCUUAAAUGAAAGAAAUCAUCUUUCUGCAGAGAGAAUGUCUUCCAAAGAUGGUAAGAGAUCAUCUUUUGAAAGCCCUAGGCAAGACCAGAGUUGGAUGGUCUUGGGCUGUAGUGAGGUUGGUGAUCCGUCAUCGGAGACUAGGGACUCAGGGCCUGGAUGGUCUGGCGAGGCUGUGGAGCCAGCCUCUGACCACAGCUUGGGUAAGGGCCCCCAAAUGCACAUUCUGGGAGAAAUGAAGCCUCUAGAAUCUUCAGCACUAGAGGAAGCCUCUGGCCUGGACAGCCAAUCAUGGAAGAGCAUGAACCAAGGCAGGGCUGGCCCCGAUACACUUACGUUGCAGGCCGUCCCCCAUGACAAUGAAUGGGAAAUGCUUUCACCACAGUCUUCUCAGAAAAACAUCAUCCCUGAAACGGAAAUGGAGGAGGAGACAGAGUUUCUUGAGCCCAGAACAAGGAAACCAAGAACAAAAGGGCUACUGUCAGAGGAUGUGGGAAUGGACAUCCCCUUUGAGGAGGGAAUGCUGAGUCCCAGUGCUGCAGACAUGAGGCCUGAACCUCCUAAUUCUCUGGAUCUUAAUGGCAGUCAACCUCAGAGAAUCAAACUCACAGCCCCAAAUAUCAAUCUGUCUCUGGAUCAAAGUGAAGGGUCUGUUCUCUCUGAUGAUAACUUGGACAGUCCAGAUGAAAUUGAUAUCAAUGUGGAUGAACUCGAUACCCCCGAUGAAGCAGAUUCUUUUGAGUACACUGGGCAUGAGGAUCACACAGCCAACAAAGAUUCUGGCCAAGAGUCAGAGUCUAUUCCAGAAUAUACGGCAGAAGAGGAGCGAGAGGACAACCGGCUGUGGAGGACCGUGGUGAUUGGAGAACAGGAGCAGCGGAUUGACAUGAAGGUCAUCGAGCCCUACAGGAGAGUCAUUUCUCAUGGAGGAUACUACGGGGAUGGCCUAAAUGCCAUCAUUGUGUUUGCUGCCUGUUUUCUGCCAGACAGCAGUCGGGCAGAUUACCACUAUGUCAUGGAAAAUCUUUUCCUAUAUGUAAUAAGUACAUUAGAGUUGAUGGUAGCUGAAGACUACAUGAUUGUGUACCUGAAUGGUGCAACCCCAAGACGGAAGAUGCCAGGGCUAGGCUGGAUGAAGAAAUGCUACCAGAUGAUUGACAGACGGUUGCGGAAGAACUUAAAAUCAUUCAUCAUUGUUCAUCCAUCUUGGUUCAUCAGAACAAUCCUUGCAAUUACACGACCUUUUAUAAGUUCAAAGUUCAGCAGUAAAAUUAAAUACGUCAGUAGCUUAUCAGAACUCGGUGGGCUGAUCCCAAUGGAUUGCAUCCAUAUUCCAGAGAGCAUCAUCAAGUACGAUGAAGAGAGAUCUUAUAAGAGAAGUGUGAGAACUAGCUGCCUUUACAAUGACCCAGAAAUGUCUUCUACGGAGAAGGAUAUUAAUCUGAAGCUAAAAGAAAAACCCUAGUCGGCCAUGGCUGGAAGAAGAGGAUGCUUUUCUGCUUCGUGGUUCUGUUGAAACAUAUCUACCUGGAAGAGACAGGGCUGAUGAUACUUUUUUCCCACUUUGCACUACCUGGUGCCAUUCUAAAUUUCUAAGGGGAAAAACAGUAAGGGAACUUGUUUGCUCUUAACAUGUUUUAUGAAAUUAUGUGUAUUUUCCUAUUUUGCCAGUUAUGUGCCUCCAAGAUUUUCGUUGAACCUCAGCAAGAAAGUAGGACCUUCCAUUUCAAUAUUUCAUUAACCCUUGGUGCAGUGGUAUUUCGUCUCUUAGACUGGUGUUGACCACUAAGAUAACUUCAGUCCACUAUUCAUUGUGAGUGGAUUUGUUUCCAUAGAUUAGCUGGAUUUCUCCUUGGUGAUCAUUUCAGGUUUAAAAUACCUGAAAUUCUACUUUCCUAGGGCUCAACAGUCCCUAGGCAAGUGGUCCCCACAUAAUUCUACCUUUAAAAUCCUAAGCUUGCUUAAGACAGCCAUAAAGUAGACACAGCUGUGACACCACAUCAGCUAAGUGCCCACUUGGUUCUUGUCCCCGUGAAUCGUCUCUUCUGACAUCUCUAAAGGAAGCCAGGCUUUCUAAUUCACAUCAAUUUUAUUUUAGUUAUCAAAUUGGGCAUCAUGUUUUCUGUGAAUUGGUCUUUUUACAAAAUCAUUUCUCCAGCCUCCACGUUGAGAAACUUAAGGAUCAAUGUCCCCAUUUCUGAUAGCUGUCUGUGCUUCAAGCCAUAAACUUAGUUCUUAGUUUAACUUAAACUUAGUUACACUUUAAGUGCCAAGGGCUCUAUGUAAGGUGGCUCACUCAGAAAUUCGUUAUUUGGUAACAUUCAGAUAUCUGAAUUUCUCUCUCACAUGCAUUAUAAAAAGUAAUCUGCUUUAACACACUCUAAUCACAGGCUUCAAAUUAAACACGAGUCUGUACUAUCAUUUGCAAAAUAGUCCUUUAUAAGUCUUCAUAUGCCCUUUAAAACACGAAUGUGGUUUAGACCCCAUGGGCCUCUAGGAGAGCGAGGGGUUUGUAAAUCCAGCGCCCCUACCUGUUGCCCUGUGGCCUUCGAGUCAAGAAUGGUUUUCACACCUUGGGCUGAGAAAAAAAAAUGUUUUUAAUAUUUCAUGACACAAGGAAACUAUUCAAAUUUCAGUCCCCAUAAAUAAAGUUUUACUGAAACACGGCCACACAAAUUUGUUUAUAGACUCUGCAGCUACUUUUGUACUACAGCAGCAGAGUGGAGUAAUCGCCAUAGACCAUGGGCCCACGGAGCCUAAAACACUGACACUCUUUAUAGAAAGCGUUUGCUGAGCACUGUGUCAGCACAUCCAUCCUUCCCCCUCCCCAUUUGUAUUCAGAUAUUGGUUUCUCUAACAGCAUGCACAAACGCACAAACUAAUUUAUCUUAAGAAAGAGAAUUUUGGCAUCCACAAGUCAGUGAAACGCAUGGCCUGCUGAAAAAGGCAAGGAGUCCUAGCCACGAGCCCGUGGCUCAGGUCGUGUUUACACGACCCAAAGUGAAGCCUGCUUAGAAGGCUUCUGGCUGUACAGAGAGGCGUUGCUGAGGUCCUGCCCUUACCCUGGAGACGAUUCUCAGUCUCCAGUAUCAACUAUUACUAAUAAGCUAGCAAAAAUUAAAAUGUAGUGGAGAACGGUGUUCCACUGUAUUCUGAGGAUGGUAACUGCAUCCGGGAGAGCUGUUGGGGACAUUUCGAGCCCUGUGUGUCAUGAGCUUUGAAAUGCUUUGAAGUAGACGUCUUUGCACAGGUGACUGAAUUGCCCCGCCCUCAUCUGCUUCCUGUCCGCCUCCACCCACCUUCCAGACACGCUCUCUUACACACAGGUCAGCUCUCUUUCCUCCAUAAGCCCCAGCUAUCUAUGUCCUCCCCUCGGUCCCUUUCCGCUUGGUAUCCUGUUAAACCAUUCUUCGGGGUCCUCCUCCCUCACAACACCUGGCGUGUCUGAGAGGAAGACCCCUGGGGCGCAGCCCCUCCCACAGCUCACCUCCGCCUUUGGCAGCCCAAGUUAUGCCUCUCCCAGAACAGAGCAAUGACCCGAUUUUCCGGUUUGCUCACUGCUGCCCUGGCAUAAUUAGUCACAAUGCUCCCUUUCGCUCAGCCAUAUCCCAUUUUGGAAGAUAAAUUACACGGUCCCCCUAGCCACCGGAAGUAAUGAAGAAUCCGCUGUUCAGCUUAGCGUUGUGAACCCGAGGACAUAGAGCUGUCCAUAAAGGGCUCUUGUGAAAGAGUCAACCAGACAGGACAACCAUCUCACCAUUCACAUUUUCUCUGAACUUGGCCAGCCUGUUCAUGGAAGGCUACUCAGGUGGUAUUCUGUUUGGAGCUUCAUCUUCCUAUGUGGAAAUUAUGAGCAUCUUGCUCAAUCAGUGAUUUUGUUUGGGCUGUUCUACGGGCUGCGUAACCAUUCUGAUAGGCAUCUGCUAUUUUAUUAUCUUAAAAAGACAAAUUAAUUGCAUGUGCUAGAGAAAGGCCACCAGGUAAAUUCAAACCAAGUACAUAGAAGCCUAGAAGAAUCCUGAAAAACAAUAAUCCCUCAGCAGAUAUGUAGACAGAUAUAAACAUUCACAUCAUUAACCAUCUAGCUCUUGCAUUCUGAGCAUUCUUGCUUUGGUUCUGACUUCUGGGAACUGUUUGCACUUUUCCUGUAGAUUUGUAGUUAAGGGAACCAAGGGGUCAUUGGGGCAAAAGCAUUGUUUUCCUAAAGUGGCAACUGCUAUUCACUUAGCUCCUUGAUUAAGAGAAAGAACAAAAAUCUGCACAGAAGAUAUCAUCAGGGAGUAAGAAAGUUUGUUUGAGGGCAAUAGCUGGGGGUGGAAGAAAACCCAAAGUUCUUGUUGAAGCCAUACAACGUUUUAUGGGGUUAUCUUUUAAGACAGCGGUCCCCAACCGUUUUGGUACCGGGGUCCAGUUUCAUGGAAGACGAUUUUUCCAGGGACACGGUGGGGGUGGGGUGGGGUGGGGUGGUUUCGGAGGUAAUGCGAGUGACGAGUGACGAGUGACGGGGAGCGGCAGAUGGGGAGCGAGCGAGCGACGGGGAGCGAGCAACAGGGAGCGAGUGACGGGGAGCGAGUGAUGGGGAGCGGCAGAUGAAGCUGCGCUGGCUCGCCCACCCCUCACCUCCUGCUGUGCGGCCCGGUUCCUAGCAGGCUGUGGCUGGGGGGCAGGGUUGGGGACCCCUGUUCUAAGGCAUAAGUCUGACAUGUGUGAGGAAGUCACUACUCCAAGCCUUUGUGUUCUUAAGGUCUUGUUUUAAGUAUUCAGUUAUGGUACUAAGUUUGCAACCCUCAUCUAAUUAAUCACAAUGCCUCUGUAGUUUGUUCCCUUAGAAACAUUUAGAUGUGCACAAACUAAUCUUUUAUAUAUUUAAAGGUUUUUUUCUACCACAUAUUGGAUCGCUCAGAAUAAAGUAUCUACUAGACCUUUGUUUUGGUAAAUAAAUAAAUAAAUUCUACCUAAAUAGUGCAAAUUAAUAAUAUAAAGAUAUGUAACAACACCAUAUAUAUAUAUAUAUAUAUACACAUAUAUAUAUGUAUAUAUAUAUAUAUCCUCUCUGUAUAAUUCAGAAAUAAACAUUGAUUCCACACACAAGUGAUGGCUUUCUUUUUCUGAGUCAGCAAGAAUCUAUUUCUAGCUUCACUUUGCAGGAGUCUUAUCUGGAUAUCAGUCUGGCUGGGCACUUGGUCCUUGAGGACAGUAUAAAUUCUGGCUUCCUUGUCACCCAAACUUUAUUUCCCUUUUCACUUUUGCUUUCCAUGCCUCAAUGAGCUAAGCUUUCAAAAUGUGUUGUUUACCCUCUGGGUAAGCAAUUUCUCACUUUGGAAGCAUCUCCAUGUUUCAUGGUCACUUGAUUUUGUCAGCUUCUCCUUUCUCUGUCUCUUGCCUUUUCAUAGCAUAUGUUUAUUUUUUAUUUAAAAUUCAUUAA